AAAAAAUCUAUUACAGCUGUUAAUGUUGAAUAAAUAAAUGAUCACAAUUUAAAGUGGGUUUUGGUAGUCUCUGUAGGAAUUUAAUCGAAAGUCGAUAUGAGAGUCAUACUUUUACUGGCAGUUUUUGUGACACUUGUCUCGUUUGUACUUGCUGCUGAAUACCAAUGGGGUGAAGCUGGUCCAAAGGAUUAUCUUAUGAAGAAGGAUAAAGUUAAAAAACGUGCAAUUUGGGGUUUUAGGGUUACUAAAAAAUACGUCUUUAAACAAAAAACAGUUGAUGCCCUGACAAUUACUGCUAUAAAAGCAUAUGAUAAAAAAUCGAAAUACGAUUCAACGGUUGAGCUUGUAAGUGGAGGACUCGGAUCUAAAGGUGUAACGUUGAAGUUGAAAUCGAAGCGUGGCAAACGUAUUUAUACUAUUGUUGAAAUUUAUGGAUACUAACCAUUGUUACCUUUAAUCUACACUGAAAAUAUAUUGAAAGAUUUUGAUUAAAAACAAUAUUUUUCUAUUAGUUAUGAAUUUCUCCAAUAAUUUUUGAACGGAUUAAAUGGCUAAGAUUUAGAACAUAAAAUAUAUUGAAGUCUGCUUACAUAAACAGAUGAGUACACAAC